UUGUGUGUAGAGAGCUGGACUGUGGGGCUCCUGUACAGGUGCUGGGAGCAGCUGCUUUUGGCAAAGGACAGGGUCAGAUGUGGAGAGAAGAUAUUCAGUGUAGAGGCAACGAAUCUCAGGUUCACCUUUGUCCAACAUCACCAUCACAUGAAAACAACUGUUCUCAUGACAACAGUGUUGGAUUGGUGUGCACAGACCGUAAGAGGGUGAGGUUGGUUGGUGGUCAUAAUCCCUGUGCUGGUAAAGUGGAGGUUCUUCAUAAUGGACAGUGGGGAACAGUGUGUGAUGAUUACUGGGAUAUUGCCGAUGCUGCAGUGGUGUGUAGAGAGCUGGAAUGUGGAGAGCCUGUAGAUGUACUGAGUAAUGAUGAGUCUGAACCAGGAUCAGAACAUAUCUCGAUGAGUAAUGUGAUGUGUACUGGCUUUGAGUCCACCUUAAAGAAAUGUGGUUCAGUAACAGACAAAGAUCAAGGCAAGUGUUCUGAUAAGAAGGCAGGAGUCAUUUGUUCAGGGGUCAGACUUGUUGGAGGUUCUCGCUGCUCUGGGAGAUUAGAGAUACUUGAUGGAAACACGUGGGCUUCAGUGUGUGAUUCAGCCUUUAACCAGCAGGAUGCAGAGGUUGUGUGUAGAGAGCUGGACUGUGGGGCUCCUGUACAGGUGAUGGGAGCAGCUGCUUUUGGCAAAGGAGAGGGUCAGAUGUGGAGAGAAGAGAUUCAGUGUAGAGGCAACGAAUCUCAGAUUCACCUCUGUCCAACAUCAUCUCCACAUAAACACACCUGCUCCCACGAAAAUGAUGAGGGUCUGCUGUGUGCUCACAUACGGAAUGUGAGACUGGUAAAUGGUAACAGUCGCUGUGCUGGAAGAGUGGAGGUUCUUCAUAGAGAUCAGUGGGGAACAGUAUGUGGUCAAGCCUGGGAUAUGGCUGAUGCUGCAGUGGUGUGUAGAGAGCUGGACUGCGGGGAACCUGCAGAUGCUCUUGGUAAUGCUUAUUUUGGACCUGGAUCUGGACCAGUCUGGAUGAGUGCUGUAUUAUGUACUGGAUCUGAGUCUUCACUGAAAAACUGUGGAUCAGAAUUGUUUGGUAAACCCUUCUGUGGACACAAUGAUGAUGCUGGAGUCAUCUGCUCAGAGCACAAAGAGACCAGACUUGUUGAUGGACCUCAUCUGUGUUUUGGGAGAUUAGAGAUACUUGAUGGAAACACGUGGGUUUCAGUGUGUGAUGCUGGCUUUGACCAGCAGGAUGCAGAGAUUGUGUGUAGAGAGCUGGGAUGUGGGGCUCCUGUAAAGGUGCUGGGAGCAGCUGCUUUUGGCAAAGGAGAGGGUUACACAGCACUAAGACUGGUGAAUGGUUCAGACUCUUGUUCAGGUCGAGUGGAGCUUCAGUAUCUCAGGGAAUGGGGCACAGUGUGUGAUACAUGCUGGGAUAUGAGAGAUUCAAGUGUCCUCUGUAGACAGCUGAAUUGUGGGAUUGCUGUGUCUGUUGUGGGAUCGGACUGGUUUGGAGAGGGAAGUGGUGAUAUCUGGGCUGAUGUGUUUGAUUGUCAGGGGAAUGAAACACAACUCUCACAAUGUCCCAUCUCUUCAUGGAUUCGAGCUGAACGUUCUCAUAGUAAAGAUGUUGGAGUCAUCUGCUCUAAUUCAGCUCUGGCUCUUCAUGAUGGGCGAGUGCGGUUGUCUGGAGAGAGAGAGUGUGAGGGGGAAGUGGAAGUUUACAUCCAUCAGGUCUGGAGGAGAGUUCUGCUGGAUUCCUGGAGUCUCACUGAAUCCUCUGUGGUCUGCAGACAGCUGGGCUGUGGCUCUGUGCUGAACUUCUACAGCUCAUCUUCAUCCAGUCCUGAACACAGUCAUGAGUGUGUGAUGGGAUUCCAGUGCUCUGGGAGUGAAGAUCAUCUGGGGAACUGUAGCUCUCCACAAACUCUCAACUGCAGCUCUACACAACAGCUGUCAAUCACCUGCCUUGGUCGUGAGUCCAUCAGGCUGGUGGGUUCUGGAGGAGAUUGUGCAGGGAGGCUGGAGGUUUUUCAUAAUGGCUCAUGGGGGACAGUGUGUGAUGACUCCUGGGAUAUUAAAGAUGCCCAUGUGGUGUGCAGACAGCUGCAGUGUGGAGUGGCCCUCAGUAACCAGCAGGUACCAACCUGGUUUGGUCCUGGUUCUGGACCAAUAUGGCUGGAUGAGGUGAAAUGUGAGGGGAAUGAGUCAUCCCUGUGGAACUGCUUGUCUCAGGUCUGGGGAAAACAUGACUGUCAACACAAGGAGGAUGUAGGAGUCAUGUGCUCAGAGUUUAGAGAGAUCAGAUUAACUGAGGGCUGUGAAGGGAAUGUGGAGGUUUUCUACAAUGGAUCGUGGGGUAAUGUAUGCUGGAACCAGAUGGACAGAGACACAGCGAGUCUGAUCUGUCAAGAGCUGAACUGUGGAAGAUCUGGUGUUGAGUCUGAUUCAUCAUCAAGAGUUAAAUCAGCUCAUAACUGGCUAGAUAAAGUGACAUGUUGACCACAUGACACAAAUCUGUGGCAGUGUCCAUCAUCACCCUGGGGACAGAAUGAGUGUUAUGAAGAUGAAGUGGCCCAAAUCACCUGCUCAGAGAAGGAGAGUUUGGAGUCUCCUCGCAGUCGUCUUCCAUGUUCCACCUCACGAUCGUCUCUUCAUAGACAGUGUUCAAAGCAUGUUCCUCUGAGACUGAGUGGAGGGAAGGGCCGGUGCUCUGGGAGGCUGGAGGUGUAUCAUAACGCUGUGUGGGGUUCAGUUUGUGAUGAUCAGUGGGAUAUCAGGGAUGCUCAGGUGGUCUGCAGGCAGCUGGGUUGUGGAGCAGCACUGAGUGCUGAUGGGAAUGCAGCCUUUGGUGCUGGUGAAGGUGUUGUGUGGCUAAACAGAGUCGAGUGCAGAGGGAAUGAGAUUCACCUGUGGGACUGUCCUCGCUCCCUAAAUAACCACACUGACUGCUCACACAAAGAAGACGCUGGACUCACCUGUGCAGAUUUGUCUGUGUCCACGACUCCUGCCACAGCAACAUCAGCUUUUCCUCCAGUUUCACAGACAGAAAGGGGACCAGUGCGAUCAACAUCAAUCCCUCCUCCACAAACUCCUCCAUCAGAUUUUCACUCCAUCCCUCCAGUGGUUGUGUUUGUUCUGGUAUCUGUGCUCUUACUGAUCUUACUGCCACUCAUUGUACUGAUUCAGCAGAACAGAGUGAUGAGGAGAGCUCUCUCUAAGAGGAGACACAGGACUCUGUCUGAAACAGUUUAUGAGGAGAUCGAUCACAGGCACACAAACAGACACAGUCACUUCACUCAGAGGGGAAGUUUCCUCUCUGAAGAACAUCAUUCUGGGUAUGAAGAUGCCGAUGAGUUCCUCUCAGCACAAUCUGCCAGUAUGGACAAGUAUGAUGAUGUCAAACCCACAAAUGGGCUGACAGAAGAGAUCAAGAUGGUGAAGAAGAACACAGCAGAUAACUAUGAUGAUGUCAUCACUGCUGGACUGAGACCAGAUUAUGAAAAAGAUCACUCACUUGAUCGCUAUGAUGAUGUCAUCCCCAUAGAACAGAAUGCUGAUACUAAAGCAGAUGACAUCCAUGAGAGGUAUGAUGAUGUCGUCACCACAGGACAGAACACUUAUCCUAACAUUCAGCUGAAUUAUGAUGAUGUCAUCACAAGUGGACAGAGCUUUAGAAACCUGAUGGACUAUGAGGAUGUGGAGGUGAAGCCAAUCAAACUAGGAGGAACUGAGUGACCAAGAGACCCCAUCAACUUUUCAUUAUUUUUUGGCAUUUUAUAUUCUAUUUUUUUUUCCUUUAUUUUUUAACCUAUUUACAUAAGUCAGUUUGCAUCACCUUUGACAUUUCAUUGAAAUUUACAAAUUACAAAUGAGCAGUUAAAAUCUUUAAAACUUUGACAUGUUCUCACUUUUAAAAACAAUAUACGUAUAUACAGUACAUGUGGGUUUAUGCUUGAUGCUUUGCUUCAAACUGCAUUCUCAGAUUUCUUAGGCUUUUUUUACAAAUAAACUUUAGAAAUGUCAGAUUGAACGCUGCUUGAAAAUCCUGUUUUCUUAGUCUGUUCCUUUCACCCGGUGGAAUAAAGUAGUUUUGCACACAUCUGGUGUUGCAAACAUAAUAGGCAAUCCCAGAUUAUUUGGAAUAUGCAAAAAAUCUGAAAACGAUACAAUUUUAUGAUCAUAUUAAUAUAUGAUAUAUAUUUUUGUACAUUGGCACCAUACUUGAGAAUGAUGGUCUUUCUACCCCAUCUUCUGGAAUAAACCAGUUUUGCAGAGUUAAAAGUAUACUUGGCAUAGUAUAAUCACAGAAAUGAGUUUACAAUAUAGAGAAAAAGUUUCAAAAAGUAAUUAUUCUCUAUAUUGUAUUUAGUCUAUUUUUCCUCUCACUUGUUUAAUCAAGUUUAGAUUAAAUACGGUGCUCUUGGUAAGCAUCUAUUUACUGAUAUAGUUGAGUUUAAUUUGAGUUUAUAACAUUCUAACAUAACAUUUAAAUAAUGAUUUUGGAUCCUUGUCUUGAGCAGUUAGUUAUCAGUACAUCUAUCUCUGCAGUAUGAGGGGUCAUUCAAGAAAUAAUUAAUGCAUAUUGUGCGAGUAUGUACUGGUCCACUGGUUGUAUAUACGGUUUCAUGACAAAUUUAUGAAAAAAUAAAAAUAAAACACACAAUUUUGGAGGGUUUAAAGGCAGAAAUUUGAAGUUUAUAAUUUUAUAAAAGCACUUACAUUAAUUCUUCUGUUAAAACUUGUGUGUGAUUUGAGCUGUUAAGUUGUUUAUAUUGCCAUAUUUACAAUCAUUUUAGGGUUUGUUGGCAUUACGUCAUCAUGGAAACAGAGUUGUAAAAUUGGCUAUAACUUUACACAGAAAAGGUUAGUACACAAUAAACAAUCACAAUAAAAUCCUGUUUACACAUAUGUUGUUUAUGUCUUUGGCUGU